AUUGUAAUUAGAGCGAUAAUUAAAAUUAUUACCUAUAUUCAACAUAUUAUCACAGAUAAAAAAGUAAUCACCGUGGAGUCAAGUAUACACCAUUCCUUCAUGUUUCCAUUGUUUCUUCAUAAAAUGCUAUUAUGGACUCUCUCUCAUGGCAACCAAAGCAAUUGGGAAGGAAGGAAGGAAGGUAGGCGGCAAGAGACGGGCAGAAAUCACUAGUUAGCUUCAGCCCAUCUCCCUACGAUUGCGUUCGACGGCCGCAAUCGAAGAGGAUUUGAUGAAUCCGAUGAAGCAAACGGAGUUCGCGAGUGCAAUGGAAUUCGAUCGUCUGCUCUCCGGUGGCUCGAGCUCUACCUUCCCGCCGCCAUUUUUGGACCUUGGAGACGGAAAUUGAGGUCUUCAUCGCGAGCUGAAGUAUUGAGUCCGUCCAGCGGAGAUAAGAGAAAUAUGCUGGGAGACAUUCUUUCCUUCCCUCUGGGAGAAGAGUGUGGGGAAGGAGAAGAUAAUGCUGCUAUUACUGCUACAAAUGGAAUUUUAUUUCCCCUUAAGCCUGUUAGUUCUUCAACCAGGCGUUAUUGCAAUUUUUCUUUCCAAAAUGAGCCUGAGUUCUCCGGUCAUAUAGACUCGAGACUAUAUAUUAACCUGUGCAGUCUCUGAUGACAAUGACAUAUCUCUCUACUGGGAGCCGAGACGGUUCUGAUUCUGGUUGGUGUCACGAAUUAAAAUAAGAUGGAGAAAGAGGGAACACGUGGUCGCGAGGCAUAUAUGAUAUUUAAGCGUUCCUCUAACAGUGCCUCGACAUUUUCGAAAGAGGGGUGAAAAUUCAUCACAGAGGAAGUAGCGAAGAAGAAAGCUUUGACUGGUGGUAAAGGAAAUCUGCUUUUUGCCUGGUAUGGCUGAUUCUCAUAGAUCUAGAAUCAUCCCUGAUGGCUGGGUUUUUAAGCCGAAGGUCCGGCGUGGAUCUGAUGCUUCGCAUUACUUCUGUCCUGCCACAGGCCAAAUCUUUUCAACUUAUAAAGCCCUUAUGCACUAUGUGGAAUAUGCUAAAAAAGCUAAAGUUUCCAUCUAUGCGCCGGACUUUGAUGCUGAUAAAUCAUCACGUAAGAGAAGAGGUCGCUCGCAUACUAAGACCCAAGUUUGUAAGCCAGCAACUAGAGGAAAAGUUCCUAGAAAGGGGACAAGGGCUGCAUCAACAGCUCUUGAGCAGCUUCCCUCAGAUGUCGGUGAGAUCACGGUUCUGAAGUCUGGAAUAAGUGGAAAAUUUCCUCCUAAAAGUUGGGAGGAAGCAUGCCUGGCGGAUUCAAAGGAGGUUUCCCCAGCCGUUGGUCAGACCAAAGUUGCUCGCCAAAGGACAGAAGCUGGCUCAGCAGCUCUCAAGCAGCUUCCCUCAGAUGUUGGCCAGAACAAGGUUCUGAAGCUUGGAAUAGGUGGAAAAUUUCCUCCUAAAGGAUGGAAGGAAGAAUGCCGGGCAGAUCCGGAGGAAGUUUUCCCAGCCGUCGGUCGGACCAAAGCUCCUUGCAAAAGGACAGAGACUGGCUCAGCAGCUCUCAAGCAGCUUCCCUCAGAUGUUGGCCAGAACAAGGUUCUGAAGUUUGGAAUAGGUGGAAAAUUUCCUCCUAAAGGAUGUAAGGAAGAAUGCCCGGCGGAUCCGGAGGAAGUUUUCCCAGCCGUCGACCGGACCAAGGUUUAUCGCAAAAGGACAGGGGCUGGCUCAGCAGCUCUCAAGCAGCUUCCCUCAGAUGUUGGCCAGAUCAAGGUUCUGAAGUUUGGAAUAGGUGGAAAUUUUCCUCCUAAAGGAUGGAAGGAAGAAUGCCCGGCGGAUCCAGAGGAAGUUUUCCCAGCUGUCGAUCGGACCAAGGUCUAUCGCAAAAGGACAGGGGCUGGCUCAGCAGCUAUCAAGCAGCUUCCCUCAGCUGUUGGUCAGAUCAAGGUUCCGAAGUUUGGAAUUAGUGAAAACAUUCCCCUUAAAAGGCAGAAGGAAGCAUACCCGUUGGAUGCGAAGGAGCUUUCCCCAGCCGUUAAUCAGACCAAAGUCCCAACGGCAGCAAUGAGAGCAGAACUUCCUCUGGAAAGGAUGGAGGAAGCUUGUCUGCCAGAUCUGAAGGAGCUUUCCCCAGGGGGCGAUCACUCCAAAGACCUGAAGUUAGCAUUGGGAGUAGAAUAUCCUGCCAAAAGGCUGAGGGAAGGUUAUCUGCAGCUUUCCCCAGCUGUAGAUCAGACCAGCAUUUGGAGAACGCCAACAAGAGAGAAAAUUCCUCCUAGAAGGAAGAACUACGGCCCACCAGCUAUAGAGCAGCUUUCCCUAGGCCAGAGCUCCAUAUUAGGGGCCAUCAAUGAGAGUGAGGUGAACAUCGGCUCAAUGGACAUGACUCCAAUGGGGGAUUAUGGUGGUGUUCAAGAGGAUACUCCACUUGAAGGGGGCUCAAGGGAGACAAAUUAUGACUCGGCUUUUGAAGCAAAUAUUUUAUCUUUCCAAGUUGGGUUUGAAGCAGGUGAGGAACCUACCAUCUCUGCCAUAGACAGUGGAAUCCAAUAUUACAUGGAACCGAGCAGGCCAUACAUAGAGCAUCAAUAUCGCAGGAGAAAUGAGAGAAACAAGAUCGCUCGUCCAACUGUCGGGCAACUGAGGAAAAAGGCGACCUGAAGUUAACAUCUCUAUUAGUGUUUGCCGAGACUUUCGACCGCCCAUCUCUUGGACUUGUUCAAUAAUAAGAGAAGAAACUCUAUUAAUGGGGACCAUGUCAUUUACCCUACCUGCUUUUUAACUUGUUCUAUCAGACAUAAGAUUCUCCGGUGAAACUUUAUGCUGUUCUGGAGCUUGGUUUGCUCCGGGUAGACUUAUUUAAAUUAUCGACUAUUUCGGAUCCUAA